UACAAUUAGCACAAAAAACUUGAACCGCAAUUGGUAUGUCUCCGAUUAGUAUUGGAAUACCACACCGAGUAGGAUUGCUGGUCUCGUGUAUGCAUCUAUAUAUAAUACCCGUGUAAUCUUGUACCACCGUGGCACCGUGUGAGACAGAAAGGAACAAAGAAAACUUUCGAGGCUCGACACACGAGGCUCUGGCCAGUCUCAUUUUUCCUCCUGUUAUCCAUCAACCUGUCUGCUUGCUAAUCCGACUCCUAUCCCUGCCAUUAAUCGGCAUCAAUACAGACUCCUCCAUAUUGAAUCCGUGCAAAGAGCGCCGGUCACCAUCAGCCGUCUUUGUUUCACAGAGGAAGAAUUCCAUGGCUUUGUUGGGAGUGCAGCUGCUACCGGGCGACAUCCUCGCUUGCAUCCUCCGCCGUCUCGCACCCCGUAGUCUCGCCGCGUCCCGCUGCGUCUGCAAGGGCUGGCGCGCCAUUAUCGACGAUUGUCACCUGCUGCGCACAGACCUACUCCCGCUAUCCCUCUACGGGAUCUUCCUCAUGGAACGGUGGAAUCCGGUUCUCCCGAAAUUCUUCGCGAGCCCGCCGCUGGUACAAGGCAAAAUCGCUGCCAGGCUCGACUACCUGGACACGGACUAUGAGGGUUAUAUUUAUAUUGUGAAUCACUGCAAUGGUCUCCUUUUGCUUUGGGAGAGGGUGGUUAAUCCUGCGACACGACAAUGGGUGAUUUUGCCUUCGCCCCCACCCCGACGUGCCGGGAUGGAGAAAUUCUUCGAUGAUAGGUGCCUCGUUUUUGACCCUACCAUCUCUCCGCACUACGAGGUGCUUCAUAUUCCUUACGUUCCCCCCAUGGCUGGGAGCACGGCGAUGUUCGCGGAUGAAUCGGAGUGGCCGCCCUCUCGAUAUCCAAUACAAGUCUUCUCUUCAAAUACAUGGAGAUGGGAGGAGAGGUUGUUUGUCCGGAGAGGGGAGGCUGCAGGGACCAUUGCCGCCAUGAAAUCAGAUGGGCAACACAAGCAUCGUUAUGCUGUCUAUUGGAAAGGAGCGGUUUAUGUGCACGCACAAAAUGACUCCAUUAUACGCAUUAUCUUGUCGGAUGGUGAGUAUGAAGUGGUCAAAUCACCAACAGACACUAAAAUGGAAGGGCAUGUUGAUCUUUAUCUAGGAAAAUCGGAGAAGGGAGUGUACUGUGCUUUAACUUGUAGUUGGCAGAAACGAAUUCAAGUAUGGUUGCUUACGGAAUCGUGCGGCAAACUGGAGUGGAUUUUGAAGAAUGAUAUCGGACUUGUGCCAAUGUUCGAACAUUUUUCAGGGGACUUUCAAGAUGAACACUCCACACCGUGGAUCUUAAAUAUAGGUAGUUUUGAUGAACAUUCUAAGGAAGCACAUGCAGAAGAUAAAUUGGAAUGGAGCUUUGAAAAUGGUAUUGUCCUCGAGGCUGGCCACAAGACUGAAUGGGACUAUAGGAGUGAAGACAUCCAUUUUCUUGGAUUUCAUCCAUGCAAAGAGGUUGUGUUCUUGUGGUUAUCGGAAGAAAGAGUAGUUGCUUAUCAAUUGAGUAGCUCGAAAGUUCAAUACUUGGGAAAGUUAAGCUUACACUGUUUAAGAUAUUCCUUUCCAUAUACUCCAUGUUGGACAGGAGAGUUAGUUGGACAUAAUUAAUUAUGGCCAAAAUAUUUGUUUGUUUCAAAUGUCAUACCACUUGUAACU